AUGACAACGGAUGCCUUAUAUGUGUCAUGUACUGAUCAAACAGCUAAAACCUACUCUCAACUGGGUAUUCCAACUUACUUCUAUGUAUUUCAGUAUCGUGGAUCAAACAGCAACGCGCCAAGAAAUCCAACUUUUGGUGAAGUUGUUUCCCACGGAGAUGAACUCUUUUACCAAUUUAAUCUGCGAAGGGAUGGAAAGCGCCUUCUGUCUGGCUUAGACUCAAUUAUAGAAUCUCGUAUGUUAACUUUAUGGACUGAUUUUGCUAAAUAUGGGGAAACUCCCCAUUUCCUAAACUAUGAGUAUCGUGAUAAAUGGCCUCACUAUAGAGGUGACAAUGGUCAUUUUCUAUUCUACUCAAUCGGUCGUGAUUUGAAAAAGGAGCACAACUAUCGACAAACACAAGUCACCCUCUGGUUGCACCACCUACCAUUACUCUCCAACUUAGCAACUGUAUUGCCAUCAAAGCUACCUCUUGUAGAAGACAAAGUAGAAGCAGUUUAUAGCACGUUGGCCUGGGCGGUUGUAGCUGUUGUUGUGGCGCUUUUUAGUUUAGUUGUAGUACUUUUAGUUGUUCUGUACAAUCAACGUCGGAGCCAUAAUUUUGAAAUGAAUUCGUUUGAAGAAACUUCUCAACAGUCUCCUGGCCCUCUAGUGGCACCAACAUUAUACUAA